AUGGGCGCGUCUGCGGCCAGGGGAGACGCCCUAUCCGAUUCGCCGACGAAGCCCACCAAGGCGCCCGGGACGACAGCUCCUUGGUCUCGCCAAUCUCGCCCUCUGUCCACGCCGGCGGCUUGCCUCCUUGACCAAGCUGCAUCCUCUAGUCCAAGCAUAGAGUUGUCGGAUGAUGGACGCAGACACACCCUCGCCUCCCUUCUACUUUCUGUCUAUCCCGGGCUGAACUUGCAACCAGCCACGCUUGGUCCUGAACACAACUCCACACCCCCGGAUGGUCGACUCACGCCCUGA